GCUGCGCUGCAGUGUGCGGGAAUGACCUUAUCCCUGCUGCAAGGAUUUUUGCUGCUGCUGCUGCAGGAAGUGAUGAAACGCGUCGGGCUAUAGGAUCCACUGGGCUAUUGGAUCCACUGGGCUAUAGGAUCCACUGCAUGGAAAGGUUCUGACAGUCGAUCCUAGGAGGAAGGAAGAGUGCAAUUACCCCAGUCCGGCCCCCUUGCCCCCCCCAGAACCAUGUCGGGCACCUACGAUGAUUCCGUCGGGGUAGAAGUCUCCAGUGACAGCUUUUGGGAGGUGGGGAACUACAAACGCACUGUGAAACGGAUAGACGAUGGGCACAGGCUGUGCAGCGACCUGAUGAACUGCAUCCACGAGCGGGCGAAGAUAGAGAAAGCGUAUGCCCAGCAGCUCACAGAGUGGGCAAAGAGGUGGAAACAGCUAGUGGAGAGAGGUCCCCAGUAUGGAACUGUGGAGAAGGCCUGGCACAACCUGAUGACAGAGGCCGAAAAAGUGAGCGAACUGCAUCUGGAGGUGAAAAAUGCAUUAAUGAACGAAGACUUUGAGAAGAUCAAGAACUGGCAGAAAGAAGCCUUCCACAAGCAAAUGAUGGGCGGCUUUAAGGAGACGAAAGAAGCCGAGGACGGUUUCAGGAAAGCCCAAAAGCCAUGGGCGAAAAAGCUAAAAGAGGUUGAAGCUGCCAAGAAGGCUUAUCAUGCGGCCUGCAAAGAGGAGAAACUUGCAACCUCUCGGGAAACCAACAGCAAAGCCGACCCGGCCAUGAACCCAGAACAGCUGAAGAAGCUUCAGGACAAGGUGGAGAAGAGCAAACAGGACUCUCAAAAGACCAAAGAGAAGUAUGAGAAGGCCCUGAAGGACCUGGACGGCACCACCCCGCAGUACAUGGAGAACAUGGAGCAGGUGUUUGAGCAGUGCCAGCAGUUUGAGGAUAAACGUCUGCGCUUCUUCCGGGAGGUUCUGCUGGAGGUGGAGAAGCACCUCGAUCUGUCCAACGUAGACAGCUAUGCCAAUAUCUACCGAGAGCUGGAAUACGCCAUCAAGUCGGCCGAUGCCACCGAGGAUCUGAAAUGGUUCCGGAACAACAACGGCCCGGGAAUGUCUAUGAACUGGCCCCAGUUUGAGGAUGAAGAGUGGUCGGCUGAUCUGAACCGCACCCUCAGCAGGAGAGAGAAGAAGAAGCCAACGGACGGGGUCACCCUGACCGGAAUCAGCCAAGCGGGCGAGCAGGCGCCCGUACAGAACAAGCACAGCAGCCACCUUAGCGUGCAGUCAGUCCCGUCGGCUAACAAUCCCUUUGAAGACGAGGAAGACACGGGCAGUAUCAAUGAGACGGAGAACAAAAAAACCAAAAACGUGGGCAGCUACGAUAAAACCUACCCCGCGGAGUGGUCCGACGAUGAAUCCAACAACCCUUUCACGGCCAACGAUGCCAACGGCGACAGCAACCCAUUCGAUGAAGAUGCGCCGGGGGCCACGGAGGUGCGAGUGAGGGCCCUGUAUGAUUACGAGGGGCAGGAACUGGACGAGCUGAGCUUUAAAGCAGGGGAGGAGCUAACGAAAAUCGAAGACGAGGACGAACAGGGCUGGUGCAAGGGCCGCCUGGACGGGGGCCAAGUGGGUUUGUACCCAGCCAACUACGUGGAGUCGGUGCAGUGACAGGAGCGACGGCCCUGCCCACCUCCCCAUGCCCCGCCCCUAGAGCACGCUUAGUACUCGGCAAUACCUGUAAUCUAUUCACUGGGAAGAGAUGUACAAUACAACGUGUGUGUCUGUGUAUAUAAAUAUAUAUAUAACCUUGUAAGGAAACAGGGCGGCGCUACAUCCCGGAGCCCCGCCCCCUUAACCCUUCCAGCGCCAAGAUGUCUGUAUAACACUGGGGUCCUUUCUCGCUUAGAUCAGGGUUCAGCGCUGUGCACGGCGGCACAUUUUCUUCUCUCGCAAUUUAUUUUUUUAUAUAUAUAUAUAUAUAUAUAUAUAAAAUAUUCCAUUUUUUGUUUGUCCCCGCCCCCUCCCUGAGGUUGUUGUUGGGGGGGGCGGAGUCACCGAUCCUCGAUCCCACGGAACUAGUUUAUUUUAAGUGACCUUCCGUAAGGUGAAUAUAUAUAUAUAUUUUUUUAAGCGUUGCCUCUUUGUUUAGUUUUUAGGAGAUUUACGUCUUAUUUAAAGGUAAAGCGGAGAUUUUUUUUUUUUUUAUUAGUUUUUUUUUGUUUUUUUUUUUUACGCCUUACCUUUAUGGGUUAAAAAAACAAAUGUAUUGUAAAUUAUGAGCUUGAUUGGUCUAGGCGUUCCAUAGCUGCCCCGGGGCCUAGCUGUGAUAAUGAUAGUGUUGUAUUUAAUAAAAUGGUCUGUUACAGAGUUUUGUGGCAGAACUGAAUGCGGA